AGCUAGCACUUCCUUCUUAACAACACCAAGAGUUGCUUGCAAGUUACAAGGUGAUGAGAGGCAGCAAGGAAACACAAACACACACACGCACACAGAGACAUGGGAUCCUUGGGCCCUGCCGUGAGCGUGAGCAUGGCCAAGGCCAACGGCGGCAAGGUGGCCGUCGGCGGCCAGAAGCAGCAGCAGAGCGGCACGUUCAGCUGCGGCUUCCAGAUGCCGCUGCACUACCCGCGGUACAGGAAGGCGGACUACGAGGCGAUGCCGGAGUGGCGCGUCGACUGCCUGCUCCGAGAGUACGGCCUCCCUGUCACAGGCGACAUCGAGGAAAAGAGGAGGUUCGCCAUGGGCGCCUUCCUCUGGCCCGGCCAGUAUUGAUUCACCUUGUUACAUGAGUAUUACAUAUUUUCAUUCGGAGCAGAGGCCGAUCAGCAAGCUACCGCCUAGCAGAGACUGAUCAGCAAUGGCAGCAGCAACAUCACGUCUCCAUGACCAUGUAUGAAGAAGACCUCGCGAUAUUAUAUUUCUAUCUAUAUCUAUAUCUAUAUUUAUACCUACUAUUAAAGGGAAUAAGUAUUCUUGGUU